AUCGACUUGUAAAUGUCGACGGUUUGCGUUAAAAAUGUUGGUACUUCAUCGGAGAAGAUAUCAAGAGCAAGUUACUCUUGUAGAAGCUCCAAAAUGUCAGUGAUGAACCAAGAAUCUCAACCGUUGGAUCCUCAUUUGAAAAAGGAAGAAGAUCCUGUGGACUUUGAGUUUCUUCUCGAAGAUCCCGUCACAAUGUUAACCGCCGACGAGCUUUUCUCGGACGGAAAACUAGUCCCACUUAAGUUUUCCGGCGCCGUUAGUUCGAGGGAGAAGCCUAAAACAACAACGGCCGUUAACACGGCCCGAAGAUUAAUAGAGAUGGAGAGUGUUGAUGAUCCUUACACCUUCUCUCCGAGAGCUCCUCGUUGCACUAUGAGGUGGCGCGAGCUUCUAGGCCUUAAGAGACUCGCCAAAACGCCAGAAGAAGCGUCGCCGCGCUUGUCUUCUUCUACUCCAAACCCCAAAACGGCAUCGUUUAGGUAUUUACUCAACCGAAGUUCCAAAUCUCCCGCGGCAGCUAGGGACUCAGACAUCUCGUCGAUCUCCUCUUCACGUCUCUCCCUCUCCUCAUCCUCUUCCUCCGGACACGACCUCGACGACGUUCCUAGACUCUCUCUAGACCACGACAACAAACCCAACAACGCUCCAAACCCGUUUGCCCGGUCACGUGCCCACCACCACCACCACCUUAGGAAGCCACGACGUGAGAGGGCCUUGACGGUGACGGCGGAUAGUCCGAGACUAAAUGCUUCGGGAAAGAUCGUGUUUCAUGGACUCGAGAGAAGCUCGAGCAGUCCAGGUAACUUCACAGGCGGACCAAGAAUGAAACAUCACCAUGGGAUGCCGAGAUCUCAUUCUGCUAAUGUCAGAAUCACUCCUGUUCUUAAUGUUCCUGUCUCUUCCCUCCGUGGGGGUCUCUCCUUUGGCCAGCUUUUCACUCCUUCGUCUGGGAACAACAUUACCAAGACCCGCACCAAGACUUGAACCGACUAGCUAAACCGGAUUCUAGUUGUACUUGUACUGGCUUUAUUAGUAAAGAGAGAUUCGCUUUAGUUUAACCGGGGAUAAAUCAUCAGAUAAGAUUAGGUUUGGGUUCAAAAUGUAAAUUAAGAUAAAUAUAUGAUUUUCUGUCGUGGUUCUGCAUCGAGCGAGUUGUUCAAAACCGGAGAAAACAAGACGGUCAUUAAAAUACUGUGACAAGAGUAAGUAGUGCUUCCCAUGUUCAGAGAUUAUUUAUUCAGUGAUAUUAAACCACAUGUUUAGAUAAUAUACUAGUAAUGUUUUGACUCGUUAUCUACGUACAAUUGUACUUUUAUUAGUGUCAAAAUCUUAGAAACUUUGUAUUUAUGCUUCAGGGGAGCGACAGCUUUUGUU